AUGAUCUUCCACACAGGACCAACGAAGCCUGCCCUGGUGCUGCUUUGCUGCUUAGGAACCUGGCUGGUCAUCUGCAGCUUGUCCUUUGGUGCCCCAACACCAGAGAAUGUAAAACUUAUACUGGAACUCUUGAAAUUCGAGUCUAAGGAACUUUACGAAAACUAUAGCAAAUCCCAGGCAUCUGGGAUGUCAGCGGAUGCAUCGCUACAGCUACCUUGUUUCAGCCUGGGCCGAGAAGCAGUGACCAACAUCUCGGUCAUCAAAGCUCAUCUGGAGAAAGCCCGAGUUUUGAGUGAGAACACGAUAGAUACUACCAGGGUCACAAGAUGGCUAGACAGCAUCAGCUGUUCCAACCCAUUGAAUUUAAACAUUUCUAGGCCUGAAGAUACUGCCAAAUCCUAUGCUCGUAGAGUGUUCGUGCUUACUGUUUUAAAGCAGUUCUCAGCCUGCAUGGCAGAACUGCAGGCAAAGGACAGUAUCUGCUGA